UUUUGCUUUAGAAAAGGCUGACUUCACCCCGUUGUAGCAGGCUUCACUCUUACCAGGAUAACGGCUGAACUUUAUGUUGAACUAGAGCUUUUUGGACUAGUAAUGUUUUGUACAGUUACAAAACAUUUUCGUUUGACACUAGUCGUGUAAUGUUUUGAAUAACAUUUCAGUACGACUGCCUGUUGUCAUAGCAACAUAGCCAGGGGGAUGUCUUUUUUUUUUGCUAGCAGCUUAGUUAUUUUUGAGAAACUUUUUUCCCGUCUUGUUUCUCAACUGCUUUUGAAAUAAACAGCUGAAAACAAUUUUAAGUUAAUAAAAAAAAAAGUAUUUAUGCAACGGUUGUUUGGGUUCCAUUCUGGACAAUUAAUUGAAGAGUCACUUUAUUUUAUGUUUCCUGAUCAACUUCCUCAUUAGCCAGUGAGCUAACUUCACUGUCGUCAUGCAACGCUUUGCUCGGAAAUUGGGGGAGUGGGCUGUGACUAAUAUUAGCUACUGUAUGAGAUGACUCCGAUGACCUUCCUGGACGUCUUAGGUUCCUUCACAAUUCACCAAAAAUGUCAAGAAUAGCGUGGUAUCAAGAAAAGAUUGGAGCUUACGAUCAGCAGAUAUGGGAGAAAUCUGUGGAACAGGCUGAACUCAAGGGCAUUAGAAAUAAGCCGAAGAAAACCGGCCACAUCAAGCCCGAUCUCAUAGAUGUUGACCUGGUGAGGGGCUCCACAUUUAGCAAGGCCAAGCCAGAGAGCCCAUGGACUGCUCUGACCCGUAAAGGCAUGGUCAGGGUUCUCUUCUACCCAUUCUUCUUCAAGUGGUGGAUCCAGGUCACGUCCAAAUGCCUUGCCACCUUGAUUCUGGUGCUAUACUUCCUGCAAGUGGCAGCUGCUGUGCUGUUUAUCGAGGUGUCUGCAGCCACAGCCAGCGAGUUACUGGGUCCAAUGUGCCUGAUGAUGCUAUUAGGAACAGUGCACUGCCAGAUAGUGUCCACUGAGUCAUCCCGGACCUCUGAGGGCAGCCUAGUGUCCAGCCUGGCCAAUAUUCACACUACCAACCAGAAAACAAGCCCCUCUCGAAAGAAAAGACAGAGGAAGUUUAAAAAAGCGAAGAGAGCAGAUCAGGCAGAUAAAGGAGCAGCAGAGCUCAAGACUUGGAGCAGCAAGGAGAGCAAGCAGUUCUACAGAUCACAGAAGAACCAGAAUUCUCAGAGGAAGCAUGUGGAUGGGCUCUCUGAAGAGCUUUCCAGUGAAGAAGAGGAAGUUGAGGUAGCAGGGCAACCGAGAGACAGACUCCUCCUAAAUCAACACACCACUCCUGCUCCUGGACUCAGGAAGAGACUUCAGAAUGCCAAAGAGUCUGCAGCCACUACAAAGCAUCAGCAGAAACAUGAUGAUGGUGCGACAGUGAUCGCCACAGCAACGCCUCCUGAAGUGAAGCCGGCACAACCUGCUGAAGAUUCUCGGCCUGCCUCCGACUCAGACGACAUGCUGUGGGAAGAGUUUCUGCAGGCUUCUGACUCUGCCUCCUCAGCAAGCAAUGAGAGCAGGGAUGAAGGGCUUCACAAUCCACAUAACCACACCCUGUCUCCACCCACUGUCCUCAGCAGUGAUGACGACAAAGCUUUCUCACAGCAACAGUUUUCAUGGCUUCAGGCUUGCCACCCUUCUAAAGACCGUGUGAGUGCCAUUAUCUGGGAGCAGGGUGAGUGCAAGAAGGCAGAUAUGUCCGUACUGGAGAUCAGCAGCAUCAUCCUCACACAGGUAAAGUUGGUGGAACAGGGAAUGGGUUACCUGGUGUUUGGAGGGCUGGUUACAGCCACCUUGGCCCUGCUCCCUUUCUGCUUCCGCUUGGCUCAACAGUUUGAUAUGACACGUCUGAACUCUAUCACCCUCAAUGAACUGACCAUCAUGGCUGCCGGGAAGCCGAGUGCCUACUCCCUCGCGUUCUUCCUUAUCACCUCUGUGGAGAGAGUCUUCCUCACCGGUCUCUUCUUCUUCAUGAUAUGUGUCGCUGAAAGAACGUACAAGCAGAGGCUGCUCUUAGCCAAACUCUUCAGUCACAUCACGUCAGCACGCAAAGCCAAAAAAUCUGCAAUCCCUCACUUUAGACUGAAGAAGGUGCAGAACAUCAAGAUGUGGCUUUCACUUCGAUCGUUCCUCAAGAGGCGGGGACCUCAGCGUUCGGUGGAUGUCAUUGUUUCUUCCAUCUUCCUCCUGGCUCUGUCCAUCGCAUUCACCAUCUGUGCACAGGUGCUGAACAGCCACCACACGUUCCUGGACUGGGAGAGUAACUGGGAGCUGCUGGUGUGGGGCGCCGCUCUCCUCAUCUUCCUGCUGCGGCUGGCCACGCUCGGGGCUGAGACUAACCAAAAGUACAGCAAUGCCUCUGUUCUGCUGACCGAACAGAUAAACUUGUAUCUGAAGAUGGAAAAGAAACCAGAAAAGAAGGACGACCUAAGCAUCGUCAACAAUGUCCUGAAAUUGGCCACGAAAUUACUGAAAGAGCUAGACACACCGUUUCGUUUGUUGGGGCUGACGGUGAACCCCCUCAUCUAUAACAUUACCAGAGUGGUCAUCCUGUCUGCUGUCUCGGCUGUGAUCAGUGACCUGCUUGGCUUCAAUAUCAGACUCUGGAAGAUCAAACCGUGAUGUUACACUCCUGAACCCUGCAGAGUGAAAAUGCUCUGUGCUGCUAGAGGACCAAGCACUCUUACACGUGUGCAAAUCUACUGGCAAAAUCUACGUGUUCCUGUGAAUCCUCACAUCUAGAAUCGCUGGCUGAUUUCAUUUAUCAUUUUCACUUCCCUGGUCCAGGCGCCUGUUUUGUUUGUGUGUUUUUUUUUUGUUUUUUUUUUUUUGUUUUUUUUUAUAAACUUUUUCAGAAAAUUAUUUAUGGAGCUUUCCUUCUUACAACUAAUAUAAUGACCAAUUUUCAGACAUGAAUGAUGAGAUACACAUUCCAAAGAGUGUCAGUUUAGUGGCUUAUUUACACUGACAAGAAUUUCAUGCAUCACAUGUUGAUGCACCCUGUCCAGGGUGUACCCCGCCUUGUGCCUGAUGCUCCCUGGGAUAGGCUCCAGGUUCCUCCGCGACCCUGAAAAGGAGUAAGCGGUUGAAGAUGGAUGGACGUGUUGAUGCUACAUGAUGCUUAGUAUUCUGUUUCCAGAUCCAUGCCCGGGAUACUUUUUCGACUAAUUGAAUUUCACUUGAGUGAUUUACCACAGUUUUUUUUUUUUUUUUUUUUUUUUUUUACCUUUUAAGUGCCUGAGUUUUUAACCAGAAUUGGAAUUUACAGUGACUGCACAGUUAUAUUAAUUGAUUUUGUUCAUAUUUCUGCAACUGAUUUCUAGAUGUGAUGGAAAGUUCUUAAUGCACUUGUGUAUUUCUACAAACUGGUUUGAUCUGAAUUCUCUGAAAGUGUUACUCUUAAGAAAUACUUCCUGCUUAGAAAGUCACACCUUCACACAAAACCACUAAGUGCUUUAUGACUGUAUUAUGAAGAAUGUCUUUAACUAUGUGAGCUAUUUAUGGGAUCUAAGCAAUCAAAUUAGAAUGACCUGUGAAAACAUUUUUAAGGGGUUAUGAAAGAAUGAUACGUUAUCUCCUUGUAAGUGCACUCGAUUUAAUUCAUAUUAAACAUGUUUCAUAAGUAGGA